AGUCUGAUAGGCCAGUACCCUCUUUGUCCAAACUAUUUCAAUGCAUUGAAAGCCCAUUUCAAAUAGAUACUGGUGAGGUCAAUGAACCUGAACUUGGUGUACCAAUAUAAUACAACUAUUAUUAUCAAAGGUAUUUUUGAGACCAGCAGUGCAAAUUACUCAUCGAGUUGCGCAACAGGACAUUUUUGUGGGAAAUAAUGUCAAGGAGGAAAAUGCGGAAUCAACGCCCCGCCGAGAGCGAGGAGGACUCCGAUAUUGACAACCUGUUAGCCGCUCUGACACUCGCCGAGGUGGAAGAGCUGCAGAGCGAACUGACCGUUAUUGACCCGGAUCCAACUGUGCCAGUCGGACUCCGGCAGAAGAACCAGACAGACAAGCAGCCGUCAAUAAAAUACAAUAGGGGGGCGAUGCUUGACUACUGUGAGCGCGAAACCAAGAAACUCAUUCAAAGGGAGCUGUCCUUUGAGGAGCCAACAACUGACAGAGUGAAACGGGAACACCUGAAGAAGAUGGGGAAGAGCUGUGAUAGUUUCUUCUACUUCAAGUCAGAUGACCAGGAUGACCAGGAUGUCAUGGACCUAAACUUCUCUGCUGUGGAGACCCCUAAGGAGGACAUAUCCAAGGACAAAGAGGAAAAACCUCAGAGCAAGGACUUGAAGGGUGAGGGAGGGAGUGGAGAGGGCAAUGAGGAAAGGCCACAUAGUAGGUUAGGGGGAGAUGAGGACAAAGACCAUGAAAAAAAGGAAGAUAAGAUUGUUGAAAAAAGCAAUGAAGUACAGGUUGAAGAAAAUGAGAAAAAGGAGGAGUGCAAAAAAAAGGAGAAGGGUAGUAACAAAACACUUGAUCUUAUCUCAAAAUUGCAAACAAAAAAAGAGGAUACAAAAGAAAAGGAGCAAAAAGAUAUCAGAAAAAAGACAGUCUCUAAAACCAAGGAUCUGAUUUCAAAGCUUCAAGGGCAUGCUGAUAAAGACGAUACUAAGGAGAAAGAGAAGAAAGAAAAACCUCAAAAAAUGAAGGAUAGCAAGACAACAAGAGGAAUUUUCUCUAAAGUAGAGGAAAAGCAGAAAGAACGCAGGGGUACUGAGGUGAAGGAAAAGAGGAAUAAUGAGAAGGACAAAGAUAGCGAAAACACCAAAUCACACAGGAAACCAAGUAGAGUCCAGGAUGAGACACAGAGAGACAAGGUAAAGAACACAGAAAGGACUCCUAAUAAAAACAGUAAAGCCAGCAAUGUAAACCUAGAGAACAGCAGUAGGGAAGAACGCUCAGCUGGUGAAGUCAUGGAGGGAGACGAGGAGGACGAGGAGGCCAGCAUGUUUGAUGAGCUCCUUGAGCAUGUCAGAAAAGACGACCCUUUAAUGACUGAACUCAAUGUCAACAACUCAGACGUCAUCAAGACCCACACCCUCAUCCAGUUUGCAGAGGCACUACAACACAACACACAUGUCAAGACGUUUGCUUUAGCCAACACCCGGGCUGACGACCAUGUGGCUUAUGCCAUUGCUGGCACUCUGCGGAACAACACGUCUCUGACCAACGUCAUCCUUGACUCCAACCACCUCACUGGCAAGGGAAUUUUGGCCGUGGUACACGCCUUAGAGAAAAAUGUAACCGUCACUGAACUGCGCUUCCACAACCAGCGACACAUCUGUGGGGGCAAGACAGAGAUGGAGGUGGCCAAUGUAUUGAGAAACAACACCAGGUUGCUGAAGCUGGGCUACGGCUUUGAACUGGCCGGCCCAAGGAUGACCAUGACCAACAUCCUGAGUCGGAACAUGGACCUGCAGAGGCAACGUCGACUGGAGGAGAAGAAACAAGCACAAGCCCAGCCAUCCCAGCAGCCUAAGCCAUACCAGCCAACACGUCAGACACCACAACCACAACCACAGACCAACACAAAAAAAAAAACAUUGCCUUUGGGGAAGUUUUCUUGCGAACCUUCAACUCAACCCCAAUUCAAGUCUGUUGGUGAGACUAAGAGGACAGGAAACCUCCUGAAAACAUCCCCCUUUUUGUCCCCCCCUAAACCCUCACCUGAACCCUUCCACAAGGUGAGCCCCAAAGCUGUGGGUAAGCUAAACCCUAAGGCUUGGGGUAGUAGGUCUGGACCAGGGUCUACAACACCUCCACCUCAGGCUGGGGAUGGUGUAUCUGGUCCUGGGUCUACUCCACCUCAGGCUGGGGAUGGUGUAUCUGGUCCUGGGUCUACUCCACCUCCACUUCAGGCUCUUAAGGCUGGCCGAUCUGGACCAGCACCACCUCCUCCCCCUGCCCCGGUGUUGGAGGGCCUAAGGAAAGCCCUCAUGCCUGCCUCACAGAGGAAACUCAACGGGCAGACUUCACGCCACGGAGAGAGGAACACUAGGGACCAGUUGCUGGACUCCAUUCGCAACAGCACAAUGAAAGCUCUAAAAAAGGUUGGAACAGGAGAGGAGUGGAAGUUGUUUGUGAAAGCAGCAUCCUAAUAAUAUCAAUACAAUGUGAUUAAUGUGGUUGAUGUUCCAAAGCUGCUUCAGUAAAGGGUGAGGAUGACAGCAAGAAGAGGUUGGACUUGAUACAAAAACAGAACAGCAUUUGUUUUACAGUAGUAGAUAGGGGUGAAGCCCUGUCUCCGUUGUUGCUGCUGAGAUAUGGAGAGAUAUCUGAUCCAGUUGGUACUUCGAGCCAGAAGGUGGUUAUGGUGGUUUGUAAUCAUACAAAGUGAAAGCAUCUUAGGCUACAUUGCCUGCUGACUUCAGUCUCCCUCAGUUGAAUCUCUCCCUCCUGUUCUCCCGAGAUGCCCAUAUUUGGUCAUUGCAUUGAAGAUACAGUAUGACGUAAGAAUAACUCCUCUGUUCUUUUUAAUUACUGGAUGAUGGCCAGUUGGAUGUCCUGCUCUUUCAUGUGAGGCUUUGUCCGGCGAAGGGGUGGGGAGAAUGGGGGAGGUGCACGGCGGAAAGGGAAUAGUUAAAAGGGGACGAGCAACUGGAAGGAAAUGCUUACACAUUGCAAGUCACUGUAUUUUCUUAUUUUCAACAGUUACGUGGCCAUAAGCGCAAUGAACGAGGGCAUUUGUUUGAUGUUUAUUUAAAGACAAUUCUCCAGUGUCACUGUCAAAGGAUGUAAUUAAACAUUUAACCAAACACAUACUGUAGCUAGUAUUGAACACACAACUUGUAUAUGAAGUGCGUGUGGGUUCAUAAUCUGGUCAAUGUGUAAUAUAACAGCACUCAAUCUCUCUGUUAGUUGUCCAUAGGGAUACCAACUGCUUACAACAUGCAUGUAUGAGGCACUUCCCUAGAGCUGGCAGAAGACCUCUUGAACUUUGCAAGCAUUUCACUAUGAUGGAUUGUGUCCUGAGAGGGAAGGGAAUAUAUUUUGGGAAUAGUUAGUGCUAUCUGGGAUCCUUGGGACAUCCCAUCCCUACCCUAAAUCCUAACCCCAACCUUAACUCUUACCUUAAGCAUUUUACAUUUCAUCUUCAAUGGGGUAGUUGGAAUAGUAAAACUCCCGGAUAGCAAGGACCUUUUGAGAAGGUUUUGAGAAUGUUGUGUUAGAAUUCACUCAUGAGGUGUACCAUACAGAUGUUUUAAGUCAUGAAAAUAUACCAAGACAAUUCUGAAAUGUAUUUACAGAACCAAACAAAACAUAUUAAUAUGUCUGGUUUCGAGAAUGCAUCCGAUAGCUAAUAACCAGGUCAUUAAAUUCCUCCAGAUGAACAAUUGUGGAAUAUUCCGUCUGUUUUAGAUGUCUACAUCCGCCAUAUAGAGGAUUUAUAUUCAACAAAAGUAGCACCUGUCUGUAGCACUUCCUUCCUGAAAUGUUGCAAUCAGUUUAUAUUUUUCACUUCCUUCAGUAAGACAAAAACAGCCCUGAGCCACUGCAAAUGAUGCUGGUCAAUGGAGAGUGAUAUGGUGACAGUAGGAGCAUUCGGGAGAAAAGUGGGUCUGUCCUCACAUGUAGAGUAUCUUUGGUGAAAUUAUUUUACAACUGAAAACAUGAAAAUCUAUCUGAAGUUUCUCCUUUACUUGCCAGGUGAGUUUUUAACACUGAAACAAUUGCAGACACUUUUUGUUGUUGUAGAUUUUCUGUUGUUGUUGAUUUCAAUUGCAGAAAUCUUUUUAGACCACUGCAUACUGAAAAUGUUAUAGAAUAAAACUCUGACAAACAA